AUUCCAGCACGAACCAGAGGAAGGUGCCGGUUAGAAGCUCGGGCUGAGUUCAGAAACUGAACGAAAACAAGGACACAUUUAUACACAUAACUGUUUGUAUAAACUAUUUUAUAUUACGUAUAUAUCAGAGAACUCGAGGGAAAAAAAACAACGAAGGACAUAACCAGUAUAGCUUUCUCAGAAGAAAUAAAUCCUCAUUAUUCUUUAGUUAUGAGUCAUGUGGCCGUCGAAACUGCACACGGUCUAGAUCAGCAGCUUGCUGGCCUAGACUUGAACUCUGUGGGUGACGUGCAGGGUGGAGGUGGCACUGGCAGACGUUACAUUCCACCUCAUUUAAGGAACAAAGAAGCUUCUAAAAAUGGAAGUGCUUUUGCCUCUGGUAGACAGAGCGGUUAUUCAGUGGCACCGAUGCAGAGCUUCUCUCCUAAACAGUACCCUCAAGCGUGGCGUCCCGAGCGCAGCCACAGGCGCAGAUCUAACUGUGCGAACGGAUGGGAUGACUUUAGGACCGGUAACCCGAGAUACGCUUCCCAGGAGCUUGCGUUUUAUCAGGCCUACAGGGGCGGCUGGCCGGAGAGAUGUGAUUCUCCUGGAUGGGAUGGCGGACGCAGCAAUGGCUAUGUGAAUGGUUACCAUGACGGCAGGGACAACAGGGUGAACGGCGACCGCGGCGGCUUUGGAGGACGCGGAUCUUCACGCCCAGACAGAGGUGGUCGUGGUGGGUACCGUGGCAACCGAGGCGGUGGCUCCUUUAACCAGUCCCAGCCAGUGCAGAAUGCAGACGGUGGUGGGUGGAACAGUGGAAAAGACAACCGGGAUGCUUACACUAGUUUCGGAGGGCGCACGGAUAGGGGGAAGUCUUCCUUCUUCAACGACCGUGGCUCUGGAUCCAGAGGAAGGUAUGAGCGCCCCGGCGGAGGAAACAGUCGUUGGGUGGAGGACUCCAGAGACGAGGAGGACUGGUCCAAGCCCACUCCUCCCAACGAGCGCCUGGAACACGAGCUGUUCUCCGGGAGCAACACAGGGAUUAACUUUGAGAAGUACGACGACAUUCCUGUGGACGCCACUGGCAACAACUGCCCUCCGCACAUAGAGAGCUUCCAUGACGUGGACAUGGGAGAGAUCAUCAUGGGAAACAUCAAUCUGACCCGCUACACGCGCCCCACCCCCGUUCAGAAGCACGCCAUCCCCAUCAUCAAGUCCAAGAGGGACCUGAUGGCCUGUGCUCAGACCGGCUCUGGAAAAACUGCAGCAUUUUUGCUUCCGGUGCUGAGUCAGAUCUACACAGACGGGCCUGGAGAAGCCAUGCAGGCCAUGAAAGGCAGUGGCCAGGAAAAUGGGAAGUACGGGCGGAGGAAGCAGUUCCCCCUCUCCCUGGUCCUGGCCCCCACCAGAGAGCUGGCGCUCCAGAUCUACGAUGAGGCGCGGAAGUUCGCGUACCGCUCCAAAGUGCGUCCCUGCGUGGUGUACGGGGGCGCGGACAUCGGGCAGCAGAUCCGCGAACUGGAGAGGGGGUGCCACCUGCUCGUGGCCACGCCCGGCCGCCUGGUGGACAUGAUGGAGCGGGGCAAGAUCGGCCUGGACUACUGCACCUAUCUGGUGCUGGACGAGGCGGACAGAAUGCUUGACAUGGGGUUCGAGCCUCAGAUUCGGCGAAUCGUGGAGCAGGACACAAUGCCACCCAAGGGCAUCCGGCAGACCAUGAUGUUCAGCGCCACCUUCCCCAAGGAAAUCCAGAUCCUGGCCCGGGACUUCCUGGAGGAGUACAUCUUCCUGGCGGUGGGCCGUGUCGGGUCCACUUCCGAAAACAUCACCCAGAAAGUGGUGUGGGUGGAAGACGGCGACAAGCGCUCCUUCCUCCUCGAUCUCCUGAACGCUACCGGCAAAGACUCCCUCACCUUGGUGUUUGUGGAAACCAAGAAGGGUGCCGAUGCCCUGGAGGACUUCCUCUACCGCGAAGGCUACGCUUGCACCAGUAUCCACGGCGACCGCUCCCAGAGAGACCGCGAGGAGGCGCUUCACCAGUUCCGCUCCGGAAGGUGCCCGAUCUUGGUUGCCACAGCGGUGGCUGCCCGUGGUCUUGACAUCUCUAAUGUGAAACACGUCAUCAACUUCGACCUGCCCAGUGACAUUGAGGAGUAUGUCCACCGUAUCGGUCGUACUGGUCGUGUGGGAAAUCUUGGUUUGGCUACGUCCUUUUUCAACGACAAGAACAGCAACAUCACCAAGGAUCUUCUGGACAUCUUGGUCGAGUCCAAGCAGGAGGUGCCCUCCUGGCUGGAGAGCCUGGCCUAUGAACACCAGCACAAGAGUACCACCCGGGGCCGCUCCAAGAGGUUUUCCGGCGGUUUCGGGGCCCGAGAUUAUCGCCAGACCAGCAGCGGCGGCGGCUUUGGCGGCCGUGGAGGUCGUGCCACUGGAGGGCACGGCGGGGGCAGCCGAGGAUUUGGCGGUGGUGGCUUUGGGAACUUCGGCUACAGCAGCGAUGGCUACGGCGGAAACUACUCCCAGGUGGACUGGUGGGGAAACUAGAAGGAAAAAAGGAGUGAUGCAAAAGGAAAAAAAGAAAAAGAAAAAAAAAAAAGAAACCUAGGCUCAGUGGAGGUCACCCACGCCAAACUAGCUGUAAAAGGAAACCACAUGUAACAUAGCCAGCCUUAUACCCUGUGUAGCUUCGACGAGCACUCGCAGUACAUUACCAGCUGUGAUUCUCUGACUCUGUACUGAAGGGGAGCCUGCUAGCUGCUAGCGCCGGCCAGCGGCCUGCAAGAGAACUAGCGCGUCGGAAACAACGACACGACGUGAGCCCAAACAUGGCCGUUCAUCCAAUCAUCCCAAACGGGAUCUGGGACAUCUGGUUUGCCUCUGCAUCACAUUUCGUUCCUUUAAAAGAAAAAAAAAAAAACCCAAAAAAAAAAGAAACUGAGGAUCAUUUGUUUGUUAAUGUACUGUGCCUUUCACUUUAGACAGGAAUUUUCAUUUUUGAAAUGUCAUGUAACUGGUCAAACCUGGCCAAGAGCUAAACUAUUAUUAUUAUCAUUAUUAUUAUUAUUAUUUUGUAAGCCGUCGAAGAAGCUUACUGUACUGAAUCAAACCUUGGCAAACACUGGGAUGAUAUGACUUGAGUGAGUCAUUAUUUCCAUUUGAAAUUCAAAUUGUCACAGGGAUAUCGGGUAGCGUGCUCUGCGCUACAGCACAAGCAACUUCUUGAUCCAUCACAGAAGCGAUUCAAUCGACGGUAUCGAUUCCUCGCGUGGCAGUUGUAUUUUAUGGGACUAUGAGUUCAAACUUUUUCGCUCACUCUAUCCUGGAUAGACACCCAUUAGGGAUAUGGUAGUCUUUAAAAAGCCAUUCCAGUCGUAAUAUUCACUGAAAUAAUGAAACGCUUGUGUCUUAAUGCACGUUGGUGUUGUGACACACACUGCUGGAAUUUGUUACUCCACUUCUCUGAAUUGACUUGACAGUGUUAAGGCAGCUAGUAAAAAGUACCGCAAGCUAGCCGUUAGGUUGGGUGGAGUUAUUGUUUUUUCCAGUUUAAUUUCUUUAUUACUUGAAACGUUUUACGGGGGGAAAUUGAAAAACUUUCGUUUUUCAAUUAAAUGUUUCUCAUACUAAACGGGAAUGCUAUGUCGGAAAAAAGGACAGGAGGCUUGCCGUAUUGGAAAGCGAAGUUUUGAUUGGCUACACAUGGACCACGAUGCUGAAGCGGCCAGGCGGAUAAGUCGCGGCCGGUUCGGUCUUACAUACGCAUGCUAGUGUUGUUGUUUUUUGGUCAAGGCACGAAAACCGAUGAAUUCUGCAGCGGGCUUUACUUUAUUACCACCACGUUUUCUCUUAUUCAAGCUGCGUUAAAAUUCCGUAAUGAUAUCCUUCGGCUUACUUGGAGGAGGCCGGGCUCCUUCCCCCCCCCCCCCCCCCCCCAAAAGACUUGGAGCGGUUUUGCGGAGGUUAGUGUAAUGUACAGGGGGAGAACGGGUGUUUGGCGAGGGCGGCCGGAGUGCACCACCGAUUUAGGUUUCCUCUGCGUUCUGGCUGUGUGUCCCACUUGAUCAGGCCAAAGACGUGGGGGGAGGGGAGGCUGGGGGUUUCUCCUUACCCUUAUGGUGACAUCAGUGCUGUCAGCUCUUGAGUUAAUCUGCCUUGAUGUGCGUUUAAAAUCACUGGCCAAGCAAGCUAGCGCCAGCUCCCCUUUUUAUGAGCGAUGCUGUGAGACGGGGGUGUAAAAUGGCAUUUAACUUUUUAAGUGCAAUAGAUUUAUGCUGAAGUGUGUUGUGCCUUGAAAUUUUUUUUUCAACAAAUUAUUGAACAGAAGCAGAUGCACUGACAGUAUUGAGGUAACUUAAGAUGACUGGUGCUAUUUAAUUUUAGGUCUAGGCCCUUGUAUGUUGUACCCAUCAAGUUUUACGACGUUAUUUUAUUGCGCAUCUAGGAUUUUAUAUAAAUGUCUUGAGUGCGCGUCCUUAAGCUUCCAAAUACAGUGUGGAGAUUGUGAAACGCAGCUUGUUUACAAAAGGGGAAGGGCUCUUGUUAUUUAACCAGGACUUAUUUGGGACCAGGGGGAGUAGCAGUUUGGGGAAUUUAGCAUUUGCACACAGAUUUCUAGAUUCUACUUUUGCUGCUAGUUGUGUAAUUUAUUAACCAUUUUUUGAGAAAUAUUUAUUUUUAUAAGCCUAAAAGUGAUUCUUUGAACGUUUCAAGAAACUUGACCAAAAGACAGUACAAAAACACUGGCACUUGAAUGUUGAAUGUCACCAGUAUGCGUGAAGUUUAUAUAUUUCGGGGUAGUGUGAGCUUUUUAAUGUUAAAGUCAUAUUGGACUCAGUCAAAAAUCAUACCUGUUACUGGCCUCAUGGCUGAAGGUUUCUACAAACUAUGAUUGGCUGUCAAAAUUUAAAGAAAGAAAAAGAAAAAAAAAACCAAACAUGCCAAGGUUUGGAUUAUAAAAGAAAGUUGUCAAAAAAAGAAAAGAAAUAAAAACACAUUUACUAUGUAUCAGCGUGCAAAGUGUCCAGAUUCUCUUGUUUUUUGAAUUUUAUUUUUGUUUUCUCAGUGAAUGUCUGGCACAUGGCAAUCUAUUAAAAAAAAAAAAAAACAUGUGGUUUUCUGUUGUUGCAUUUGCAUAUUUACGACUGGUGUUCGACCUUUCUGGGGCAUUCGGCAGGUUCCAGCUAUAGCAAUAAGUCUCGAGUAGACGAGGGACUCUGACCACAGGAUAAAUUUGGAACGAAAGGUUUUUGCUUGCCAAAUGUUCACAAGGGGACACCAGAGCUCCUUUUAGGUUUAGAAUUUGCUUUCUGUACCAGUUUAUUAGCUAUGCACUGCAUGGGAGUACUCAGCUGUGCGUCUGUUGUAUAAUUUCACCAAAAUAAAAGUUUGAAAUGCAAAUCCUAUACAAAUCAAGCAUGUUUUCUAGUACAAUGUUUAAUGUAGAAUGAAGUAACCAAUGUAGCAGCUGUCGGCAGCGUUGCUGCACUAAAGCUUGACUUGAAGGUGAAAUUCAGCUCUCAAAGGUUCAGCUCAAAUAUAGAUCUUGUUUUUAAACUC